AUGGGGGUUUCUGUGAUUCAGGAGCAACGCGACAUUAUCGUCGAGACCAUAAAGAACAUCACCCAAGGCGACUGGAAAGUCCUCGUGAUCGACGAGCAAUCCAAGAAGAUCAUUGACAAUGUCGUCAAGGAAGAUGACAUCCUCGACAAGAAUAUCGCCAAUAUUGAGCGGAUAGAGGAGAGGCGCGAGAUGAACCCGACCAUGGACGCCAUAUACAUACUUUCCCCACUGCCUCACAUUGUCGACUGUCUCGUGGCCGAUUUCGACCGCCGGAGGUACAGAAAAUCGUUCCUCGUGUGGACGGGUGUCCUUGACCCCCAGCUGCGCCGCCGUAUUGACUCGUCGCCUGCCGCCCGCGAUCUCAAGGCCGGCUUCGAAACCCUCGCAAUAGACUUCUACCCCCGCGAGUCGCAUCUAGUCACGUUCAGGGACCCCUGGAGCUUUCCCAUUCUUUACCACCCGGCCUGCAACCAUCUCGUGAGGGACCACAUGGUGCAGUUGGCGCAAAAGAUCGUUGGUGUUUGCGUGACCUUGGGCGAGUUUCCCAAGGUUAGGUACUAUCGCCCUCGGAACCCGACGCACGAGGCGAGCGUUCUUUGUUCUCAUCUGGCCCGCUUCGUUCAAGAGGAGCUCGAGGAAUAUGCCCAAUGGAACCCCAAUUUCCCACCGACCACGUCCCGGCCUCAGGGCGUUCUCGUUGUCACCGACAGGUCUAUGGACUUGAUGGCUCCCCUUGUCCACGAGUUCACUUAUCAAGCCAUGGCGCACGACUUACUUAACAUUUCAGACGGGGAAAAGGUCACAUACCACAUGACUAUCAACGAAGGCAGUGCAAGGGCGGAAGAGAAGGACAUGGAGCUGCACGAAAAGGACAAGGUUUGGGUCGACAACCGGCAUCGCCACAUGAAGGACACUAUAGACAAGCUCAUGGGGGAUUUUCAAAAGUUUUUGGAUAAAAACCCGCACUUUCGAGACGAAGGCAAUGGCGACGCAACCAAUCUCAAUGCCAUUAAAGACAUGUUGGCGGGCCUGCCGCAGUUCCAGGAGAUGAAGGAGGCGUACUCUCUACAUCUCACCAUGGCACAGGAGUGCAUGAACGUGUUCCAAAAGCACAAGCUGCCCGACAUCGCAUCAGUCGAGCAAACCCUCGCCACAGGCCUCGACGAGGACUUUAAGAAACCCAAGAGCAUCUUGGACCAGGUGGUGCGCCUGCUGGACGACGAGGCAAUCCCCAAGCCCGAUAGGUUGCGGCUGAUAUUGGCCUAUCUUAUCUACCGAGACGGUGUGAUCCCCGAAGACGUCUCUAGGUUGCUUCAACACUCUCAAUUGCCGCCACAGGACAACGAGGUGGUGACCAAUCUCGAGCUGCUGGGUGCCCGAACUACGCAUGCGCUCAAGGACACGCGGCCGCCUCCACCUCCACUCUUCCCCAUCGAUCUCAAAACCCUUAACCAGAGCGAGGAGUACGCCCUCUCGCGUUUCGAGCCGGCCGUAAAGCACAUGCUGGAGCAUAUUUGCAAGGGGACGUUAGAUCAGACCGUCUUCCCGUAUGUCAAGCCGCCGUUGGACCCGAACGAGGAUAUGGUGGCCGGUCAGGGCUCGCUCCGAGCUGCGAAGCCCAGUUGGGCUGGCGCCUCUCGACGGACGACCGAAAACCGACAACGGAUCCUCGUCUUUGCGGCAGGUGGUGCAACGUAUUCAGAAACACGUGCAUGCUAUGAAGUAUCGGCAAAGUACUCCAAAGACGUCUUUAUGAUCACAAGUCACAUGAUGAGCCCGAACUUGUUCAUCCGCCAGGUCACGGAUCUAUCGGCAGACAAACGUCGUCUCGAUCUGCCCCAAGAGCGGCCACGGCCGAAGGCACCCGCACACCUUUUCGAGCGCGAGAGGCCUACACCGCCGCCAAUGGGGAUGGGCGGCCCAGGACAACCGCCUCCACGGGGAGGAAUUCCUGGCAUACCACAGCAGAGCGGUCCCGGAGGUGGCUUGCCGCCGCGCAUGGGAGGAAUGGGAGGAGCGCCGCCUCGCCCGCCUCCUGCGGGCGGAAUGCCCAGCAGGCCAGGGCCCCAGCCUCCCACGGCAGCCAUGGGCCAGAUGAGCAUGGGUGGUCAGCCAUCAAACCCGCAGGACGAGUGGCCUUCAUCCGGGGCUGGCAGGCCAAGCCCUUCCCCCGCCCCUGCCCCUACUCCUGCCCCUGCCCCUGCCCCUGCCAAGCCAGAGAAGGAAAAGAAGAAGCGUAACAUCUUUGGUAUCAAGAAAGACAAAAAGGAAAACCGCACCCGCCGCGUCGUCUUGACCUUUUGGCCCUGGUCGUUGAAGCGCCAGCUGAUGAUGGUCUUUGUGCCGUCCUUGUUGACGAUGGUCUGGGGGUCGGGCAACCUCUCGGUGGUGCCGUCGUCGAUGUCAUCGUCGUCGGCCCAUGCCUUGACGGGCCUGUUGAGAGAUGUGGUAGUUUUUGGUUAG